AACAACAGGGCGUUGUAGGGUUUCUUUUUUCCUUGAUUUUAUUUGUUUUUUUCGGGGAUUUCGGGAGUUUUUUGGUUGAAUUUGUGUCAAAAUGGAUCAGCGACGUGCUGAAAAGUAUCUUUCGAGACUGUUUCCGCUCACGGGAGCUUUGUGUGCUGUUAUUUGCAUCUCUUUUGGCAUUGCUCAAUAUCACUGGAGAGACGUUUUGGACACCUGUGGCACGUAUCGCGGGACUUUGUAUGAAGAUCCCAAGUGUGGAUGCAUUUUAUUUGGCUCAAGUACAGCAACAUAUUUCACGGGAGGGCACAUCGCAAUCUGUUAUUGGACAGUUUAUGGACCUCUGUUGUCGAUUUUCUUCUGUUUCAUCUUUGGAUGCUUCCAUUUGUACCGCGUUUGUUGCGGGGUUUCGCCCAAAAGACACGUGACGCGCACCGUUCGUCAUGCCCAGUCGAACCAAAUGAUCGUCCUGCAUGCCGAAAGUGAUAUGUCGGGCAUCAAUGACGAUAUUUCGCCUUAUUAUUGGAUCCCAUUGGGAGUUAUUGCCACACUCAUGUCCAUUUACAUGUUGGUACAUGCGAGCAUCUAUACCGCUGGUUACGAGAUCUCAUGCCGGCAAUAUCGACAAGAAAUCGUGAAAUAUAUGCAAGCAACAGGUCCUUUGGUGCAAUCCAUUCAAGGAAGACUCUCGUGUAACGCAAUUUUUGACUUUAUGGAUUACAUUCAUCCCGAUGUCUCAUUUGAGAAACGUCGAAUUGAUCGAAUAAACACCCCGUUCGCCCUCGGACUCCCGUAUGUCGCAACAUGGCUCUCCGUCAUCGGCUGGAUCGCGAUUGCGACAGUUGCUUUUGCCAGAGCACGCAAAACAUCCGACGUUCGAGUCUAAAUAUUAGUUUUAGAAACAAUUCGCAGCUUAAAAAAGUCAAUUCCCGUCCAAUUUAUACGUACUUUAUUGAGAAAAACGUACAAAAAGGAGCUAAACGAAAGUAUUUUAUACAAGAUACAACGAAAAUGCACAAUUUAAAACAUUCCAAUAGAUUUUAAGAGAUUUUUAAGAUAAAAAUAUUGACAUUCCAAAUCGAGAAUUAAGUGCCUCAUCACAUUUUUUGCCUUAUUUUUUACAAAAUAUCACAACUUUUUACAUGUUAGCACGUAAGAAACACAAAUUUUAUUUUAGUUUUUGUUAAUUUUAUUAGAAAACAAGUAAAAAUAAA